GCGGGGCCGGGAUGGCGGCGGAGGGAGGCGCGGAGCCCGGCGGCGGGGCCGGCCUGGCCCUGGUGGAGGGCAGCGGGGGCCGCGCCGCCCGUCUGGCGGACCCGGGGGACCUAGUGGCCCUGGCCCGGCAGGUGCAGCAGGCCGACGACUUCAUCCGAGCAAACGCCUGCAAUAAACUGACUGUCAUUGCUGAGCAGAUCCGGUCCCUGCAGGAGCAGGCUCGGAAGGUCUUGGAUGAAGCCAACAGAGAUGCUGAUCUGCACCAUGUGGCCUGCAACCUUGUGAAGAAGCCAGGGAACAUUUACUACAUGUACAGGCGGGAGAGUGGCCAGCGAUACUUCUCCAUCCUGUCUCCCAAGGAAUGGGGGAGCAGUCCCCAUGAAUUUCUGGGUGCCUAUAAGCUCCAGCACGACAUGUCCUGGACUCCGUUUGAGGACCUUGCGAGACGAGAUGCUGAAAUAAACAUCCUGGAGAAGCUGCUGAGCCGGCAGGCAGCGCUGCCUGCCUGUGCAGAGCCCAACUUCCAGGGCCUGACCCAGUGACACAAGUGACCACGAGGGCAGAGCAAGCAAGGAGAGCAAGAAACAAAAAUCCUGAUGCUGCCAGUGCUCCGUCUGUGUUUUAAUGAGGCUAAUUCUGCAUUCAGUCUGACUGGAUUUUCUAGUAAUUGAGUAAUUUAUUUCUUUGACUUAUGCCAAGCUGUAGUGAGAGGCAGAUAAUGUCAGGUGGAGCCAAUUUUGCUUGGGGCAAAAAGCAAAAAUGCUUUGGGCAGAUGUGCUAAUGCUAUUAAAAUACAUCCUGCCUGGCUGGCUCUGGGGUAACUCACCAUGUCUACCAGUGGCAGGUAAUGAUUUCAGGGCUGGAUUUCUCCCCGUUGUUAAAAUGCACAUAUUUAGUAAUGCAUCUAUCUAUGGCCUGGGAAGACCAGUCAAAACCCCAUACAGAAGGGUCUGUUGUGACCUGAGUCUGUUGGUAUCUGGUCCUGGGUGGUCCAAACCCCUGAGUCUGGCACACGGGGCAACCUGGAGCUCUCUUCUCUGGGAAGAGCAUCCUCAAAGUGCCAUCCAGCCUUCAGGUGCCUUCAAAAGAUGUGUGUUUCACAGUCCUUGUGUGUUCCCCAUAGCUUCAAGUUGCUGAGCUGUCAAGGUUAGGUAGGGACAUGCAGGGACAUCGAAUGUGUCUGUGCCAGAGUCUCAUCCCUAGCCCAGCAUGGUUGAGCCUCUGCCUGGCAGAAACUUGGCCUCAGAGUCCAUGCGGGACAAUUCAAGCUCCUUUUCCCAGCUCGACCUCCUACAUUUGAAGCACAAGGGCAGAUGAGCAAAGUGUUCACAGAAUCCCAGAAUGGUCGGGGCUGGAAGAGACCUCCAAAGCAGCCUGUCCCAGGGCUCUGUCACCCUCACAGGAAGGAAGUUCUUCCUCAUCUUGAGGUGGAACCUCCUGGGCUCCAGUUUGAACCCAUUGCCCCUCGUCCUGUCCCAGGGCACAAGUGACAAGAGCUUGUCCUGCCUUCUUGCUGCCCUCAUGUAUUUAUAGACAUUCAUUAGAUCCCCCCUCAGGCUUCUCCUCUCCAGACUGAACAGCCCCAGGUCUCUCAGCCUUUCCUCACCAGGCAGGUGUUCCAGUCCCUUCAUCAUCCUUGUAGCCUCCCUUGGACUCUCCAGUAGAUCCCUGUCCCUCUGGAACUGGGGAGCCCAGAGCUCAAUACUCCAAGUGAGGUCUCACCAGGGCUGAGUAGAAGGGGAGGAGAACUCCAGGACACCACUGGCCUUCUUGGCCACAAGGGCACAUUGUUGUUCACAUGUUGCCUACCAGGACCCCAAGGUCCUUCUCCACAGAGCUGCUCUCUACCAGGUCACCUCCUAACCUGGACUGGUGCAUUUUGUUGUUCCUUCCCAGGUGCAGGACUCUGCAUUUGCUCUUGUUGAACCUCAUGAGGUUUCUCUUGGCCCAGCUCUCCAGCCUGUCCUAAUCUUGCUUACUGUUAUUAUUAUUCCAGGGUGUAAUUGAUUCCUUAUUGAGUCACAAGUGUCUGAUUUGUUGUGUGUUUUUUCUCCCCGUGCUUGUUUCAUCACCCCAGGUCUUAUUUUACUGCAUGUUACUAAAUCUUAACUUGGAAGGGAGCAAGUUAAUUACUGCAUGGGCUCUGGCAUUUUGUUAAUUGCAGCAACAUCAGAGAUUGUCACGUGUUGGUUUGUGCUCAUCUGGGAAAAGGGGAUUCCUACCCCAGUUUUAUCUGUUUCCUGUCAUUAAAAUCAAUGACAUGGGUAAGGGGA